GUCUGGAGGGGAACCCGGCGUCCGUACAAAAAGGGCCCGGCUCCCCGGCGGACGUUUAGUAUACAACAAACUGCAGAGAAUCGAACGGAGUAGUCGUCUGACAAUCGAAAAGCAUCCCCAACAUCGCCUUCCAUUAUUCUACUCGUCUUACAAUUCUAUCCCUAAAUCGAAUCGCAAGUUACGACGGCAAAGAUGGCGACGAAGCUGCUGAGGACGAGCCUCCGCCUGACGGCGUCCAAAGGCGUCUUCGAGAAACGAGCGGUCGCAUCCGUCUGCAACGCUCUCUUCGGGCCAGAUAAGACGUCGCUUUCUCCGGACAAUAAUACCCAGUUGACUCAGCUAGCAAGGCGACUGUACAGCAAGAGAAAUGUACACCAUACAAGAACGUCGGCUUCUUUGGACGAGGAGAGCGACAGCGACAGCGACUCUGAAAUCGAGCCAAAAAGGGACGGACGAGCUGUUUAUCCAACAUUUCUGGCGGAAUCUUCUUUUUGGAGGAGGAAGAUGCGCACCUUGCACAGCCACUUGGACGUAAAUAAGGACGGCGUGAUAAGUUACGAGGACUUCAUGCUCCUGGGAGAACGAUUCGCCAAUUUGGGCCACUUGUCGCCAGAAGCUAAAAAAGAGUUUCAAAAAGUCCUCAAUGACAUGUGGGAGGAACAAUGGGGAGAGAUCAGUCCUUACAAUCUGAUCGGCGUUGAACAAUACCUGGAAGAAAUGCAUCACGUAUUAAACGACGAGUCCCUGAAGAGAAAGUGCCACCACUUUUUGCCAUACCUGUUCAAAGCCGUGGACAAAGACCAAAGUGGUGAGAUUUCGGUGGAGGAGUUCAAGCUGUUCUUCGAAUGCCUGGGCUUGUCAAACGAUCACGCAGUCGUCUCGUUUUCUUAUAUCGACACCAACGAGGACGGUAAAAUCAGCCUGAAAGAGUUCGUCAAACUUGGACGAGAUUUCUUUCUGACGGAAGAUCACACGAAGCCCAGCAAACAUUUCUGGGGCCCACUAAUCGACUAAUGAACUAACGCCAGACUGGUAUUUGACAUGUGAUAACUAAUAUUAUACCUAUUUUUAUUACGAAUGUUUAAUGCUAAGACAGGGCACUCAGAUUAUAAGGUAGUGUCGUAACUUUGUACAAGUAUGCGAGUCAUUUUUAUACGAUUAUAUUGUAGUAGUAUUGUAAUAAAAAUCACUGGAGCGUCCUUUUUUGCCGUAGGAUUUUGAUUUGUCUUCUACACAUUGCACACGCUCUGUAUAGAUUGGUAUCAACGAAUCUGGGGAUAUUCUAACCUUAUGUAACAAAGGUUUAUCACAAAAUAUGACUUUAUGGAUGUAAGCCACAAUUAUAUUUUUCCGAUGUUGUUAUGCUAUGAUA